UGCGCACAUCCUAUUCUCGUAUUUGCCGUCUGCUAAUCGCAAAAAGGGAAUGAAGAGAUUUGUUUAUAUUUAUUAUUAAUUAAGGUGACAAUUAUCAUCAGGCGAUCAUGUUUUCAGGGAUUUUAUCCUCUCUAUCAAGAUUAUCGAUUGGAAAUGUAGCAGGAACAGCGAGGAAUUUUACCACCAAUUCUCUUCCUCUUUAUUUUAAGGCAACGGAACCUCUUUGGGCCGAACCUAUGAAGAGGAAAAGGAGACUUGAUCCGCAGAUUUUAAAACGCAGAGUUGAGAGGAGGAAAAAAAAGAUCGAAAGAGCGAUUAAAAGGUUGACAAAAAUCGCCAAGACGCCGAAACCAAUUUUGGAAAUGGAAAUACCACCAGUGAUCUAUAAGGAGAAGAAAAUACGAGUUCGCAACUUACCUCCAGUUCCUCCCGAAAUUGCAGAACAGAGGAUACUUUUACAAAAGGAAUGGUCUCACUACAAACUCAAGCAAUAUCGACAAGAUAUGUUAACUCUGGAAAGUAUUCAAAAUUCUCAGGAAAAAGCGCUCAAAAAUCUUCGAGAAGAAUCUGAGGAACUUUAUCAAGCAGCUAUUCAGUGCGAUACUUCAUUUUUGACUCACGAAGUUCGCGGGCCAACUUUCACCCCAGCAAUUGAAAAUUACGAGUGUCCGGAUGGUGAUUACGUAGACGUGACGAAAAAAUACGAGGGAGAAUAAAUAAAAUUUACUCAAAAUUGAGUUAGAUAGGCAAUAAAAAGAUUUUUGUUAAAUUCA